GAAAUUGGUCCUUUCAUCAAUGAAGAGAAGUUUCAAGCAGAGAGGAUUGUAGCCCAACGAGGUCAGCGGGAACGCGAUCGUCGCCACUUUCUACAGGAAGAUCGUGGGAUCCGUGGAAUCUGCUAUCGUCUCAUGCAGAACCAAGGGAUCAAGGCCUUGUCACACAUCGUGGCCUUUUUGACCUUCGCCCUGGUGAUUGUGUUGGCCAAUGCGGCAGCGGACAUGCUGAGAUUUCCUGAGGAUCAGCAAAAGAUCCGAUCCUACCGACAGUUGGAGUCGUUGAUGAUGGUGCUCAUUUCCCUCUACAUCGUGGAGGUCAUCAUCAGUUUCAUCGGUUGUCCCAUGACACCGAGGAUCUAUGAUGGUUGGUUGGUGCUGGACGUCUUCAUUGCGUCGAUUGCCUUCGUGGAUGAAUUUUUGUUGGGACAUUUUCACAGCCUGGGCAUCAUGAGGACCACCCGUGCAGUGCGUUUGCUGCGCAUCUUGCGUGUGGGCCGCAUUUGCAGGCUCUUCGAGUUGGUGAGGAACUUUCCCCUGAUCGCCCUGGUAUUGAUUGAGACGAGCAUUCGAUUGACCUGGAUGUUUGCCAUUUGGAGUAUUAUUGGCUGGUGUGCUGCCGCCAUCAUUACGGUGAUCGUCGGGGCUGAGGGCUUCUCUGAACUUCCAGACAUCGAGGAUCCGUUGCUGCAGGCCAUCAUCAAUGCAGGCCCAUCGUAUCCUAUGGAGCCAGAAGUUGUGCUGAGAGGUCUCGGGGGCACCCUACUGCUGAUGAAUGUGAUGCCGAUGCGCCUCAUCUACUGGGGACCCAGCAUUUGGAAACUGCUGACGCUCCAGAACUAUCGCCUGAAUGCGGCGGCGGUUUGUCUCGUGCUUUACUCCGCCCUCUGCGUGCUGUGGGUCUGGCCGAUGGUGGUGGGCUGCUUCAUCUCGGUCCUGCGGGAGGGUCAGAAUCGCAUCAAGCGGAACAAGGUCAAGGCGGCCCGUCAAAUGCAAGAAUUCUCGGUGGAAGAUCUCAUCCAGGUCUUUGAGGAGAUGGUGACGGACAGCCCCGAUCGCUUCAUCUCGUUGGAGGAUUUCCGCGAGAUGCAGCGCAGCCAUCCCAGCUUCGCGAAGCUGCUGGGGACAGGGACAAACUUUCACACGACCGACGCGAUCUUCCGUGGCUUCGAUAUCAUGAAUCUCAACUUCCUGACUCUGCCUGACUUCGUUUUGGGUGUCCUGAAGCUCUUGCGGGUGCUCCCUAAACCCGAGUUCAGCACCAUGGACGAGCAGCAGAGACGGGCCUUGAGAAAUUUCAGCAAGGCCGCAGGAGGCAACCGCUUCAGUUUCCUGGUGACCAGCCGGUACCUCAACGAAUUCCGCCAUGAAUUGAGCGACUUCGUGGCGUCCAGCUCCCAGGUGAUCAAUGCUGAGGUGAAGUCAGUGGAUUCCACGGGACUGGCGGCACAGCUGCCAGCUGUGAGCGACCAGGAGGAGAAACAGCUGAGGUCCAGCUUCAUGGCGCGAAUGCAGGAGAAGUACGACUUCCGGCAGCGCUUGCUGCAUGCGGAGGAAUCCCUGAAAUAUCUCACUCACAGGCAACAGCAGGACAUUGUCCAAGAGUCCUUCAAGAAGGUGGCGGAGGCAAUCCUGCAUGAGGACAUCAUGCCGAUGCUGGCGGAGCAGAUGCCGACCUACCUGGAGUUGCAAAAGUUGCAGCGGAAGGCGGAGAAGGACUACCAAGCCCAGCGUGAAGUCAGGAUCCAGGCUGCCAAGCAGGCUGCACCCGUGGCGGAGCCUGUCUUGUCAGGUGCGGCACCGGAUCUUUUGACCCAACCCGCUACCACUGCGACCGCUGCGACCGCGACGGGGACCUUCCGGCUCUCCUCGCGGCCGGCGUCCAGCAUCUUCUACAGCAGUGUGGUGGAAGAACGAAUUCCACUUGGUUCCGCAGCCUUCAAUGGCGCAGCUGGCAACGACGGAGAACGUAGGUCCUAUGCAGGAUCUGCCCAAACCAUGGCCGGCGCUUCCGUCGCUGGCUGGCAUGAGCUGCUGGUGGCCGCCUAUGGGGAGGAGUUCGGAAAGACGGGACACCAACUGGCUGGACACGAGGCCGUUGGUGCUGCGGAUGUGCAGAGCGUGUUGGAAGAUGGAAGCAGCUUACUCUACGGUGAACUGCUACCUGAAGGCGUGGCCCGUUUGGCUGAAGCCUUCUUCGAGGACCAAGAGUUGGAAGGUCCAAUUUUAGAACUCGGUAUGGGCACCGGAAAGGUGGCCCUGCAGCUCUUCCUUUCGACGCCGACGCCGCGCCACGUCUACGGUGUGGAGCUGGCACCGUCGCGCUGGCGCCUGGCGCGCCAGGCGCUGCAGCAGCUGCACCGGGCGCAGCCCGAGCGCUUCGGCUACGAGGAAGACGAGACGUUUUGUCGUUUGCUGGAUCUGCAGACGACGUGCCGUUGCGACUUUGCCUGCGGCUCUUUGUUCGACACGCCGGAAACUAUGUUGCAGCAGGCGGCUGCUGUUGUACUGGAAGUGUGUCUCCCCAUGGAACUGCAGCGGGAAGCAGGCAAGAUGCUUCAGGGACUCCAAGACGGCUGUCGAGUGGUGAGUUAUUCGGCGCUACAUCAGCUUUCCGUCGGCUGCCGCCUGGCGGUCCGCUGUGAAGGUGGCCUGACCCUGAGCACCUCCUGGCGGCCCAGUGGUCACCUCUUCGCCUUCUACACCCAGUCGUCGCAAGCCGUCGCGGCUUGCGACGGCGGCGACGCCCUGCAAGACCUGCGCGGCACGGGCGGCUGCCCGUCGCGCGCGCGAAGGCUGAGAUACACGGACGAUGUGCUGGGCACGCCAGCCGAGUCCUAUCCCUGGCAGAAAGGGGACCCCAUUUUGGUGGGCUAUUCCUGGCUGCCGUUCCCGGACCUGGGGGACCCGGAGGACGCCAGCAGCGGAACGCUGGACGGGGUGAUGUGGAUGAGUGCCUUCGUGGUGAAAGUUCACGAGGACCACUUCGUGAACGUGUGCUACGAGGACGAUGGCACCAUCGAGGAACGCGUUCAUCCCGAUCGCAUCCGAGUCAAAAUCAGAUCCGUGCGCUGUGCGCUGCCUGUUGCGAACGGUGAGUUUCGCCUGGAACUGCUGCGGAGGAAUCCCGGAGUUCGCUCAAACCGCCGCGCCAAGGCCGCGAAUGCGGAGAGCAGGAGAGAGGUGGUGAUGCUGUACGGGCAGUUGGACGUGCACGCUUCCGUUGGAGAGGUUCAAAUGGCCUAUGAUUUGUACUGUAGGAUCCGACAGUUGGAUCCUGACUUUGAGACGCCGGGUCUCACAUUUCCCAUGCUUUGGCACAGCCUGGUCAAGGCAGAGGCAUAUCACUCAUCACGGAGGCAGCGGCAGUUGAAUGAGGACGUUUUUCGCAAGCUGCUGGAGGUCGAAACUGCUGCACCGGAGACGCUACUGAGGUUCUGGCACGAGGUGCAUGGCGAGGAUGUCACCCAGGGCGACCCGUAUCUCACUUUGGCCUUGAAAACGCUGCAAGCGCCGCGGCCGAAGUUGGAGCUGUUUCGGAGGCACCACGGAAUUCAGCAGCGAUUUUUUGCACCGGGGGAAAAAAACUUCGCCACAGCCAUUGAAGCGUGGAGCGGUGCUGAAGAUAUGGCCAGAAGCAUGCCUCGAAAGCUCAGAAGCGAGCCUCAUCCCAAAAAAGAAGAGCCGCAACUCAACAGUUCAAUGACUUUCCCUUGGGGCUGUGAUAUCAGCUAUUUGGUGCUUCCGCAAAUCUAA